UGAUAUAGUUUUCAUAAGAUAAUGAUCACUAUUUAAGAACACUCGCAUAAUAGCUAAUGACUCCAUCCAAAAUGGCAUCCAAAUUAUUCCUGCUGCUGUGCUCUGUGCUUGUAGCUGAUGUGAGUGCUGUACAUUGGAAGAUUAUCCCUGGUGGCGAUGGAAAACUUUACCUUAUUGAUCUUGACUAUGACAGCCCAGUAAAGUAUGCUGUGAGUGACAGUGAUGUCAGUUUCAGACUUUAUACUAAAUCGAACCCCUCCUCUGCUCAGUAUGUGACAAUUGGAGAUGCUUCAACAUUGGGCUACUUCAGCAACAGCCGACAAACAAGGUUUGCCAUUCAUGGAUGGUUGUCAAAUGAGGAUCAUCUAGUUGCACUUCGCAAUGGUUGGAUUCAAGGAGGUGAUUACAACAUUAUCAUGGUGGACUGGCGUGGUCCUGCAAGCAAUGUGCUUUAUAAACCAGCAGCAGAUGCUGUCCCAGAGGUGGGGGCAAUUGUAGCACGCUUUAUUGAUUUCCUGGUGCAGCAGGGUGCUUCUGCUUCCAAUAUGGAAGUGGUAGGACACAGUCUGGGUGCACAUGUUGCUGGUGUGGCUGGAAACAGAGCUUCUGCAACAGUUGGCAGGAUAACAGCACUGGAUCCAGCUGCUCCUCUCUUUGGAGGUAAAGAUGCGGCCGACAGGGUGGAUUCUUCAGAUGCAAGUUUUGUUCAAGUCAUACAUACCUCAGUUCUUGGGUGGGUUGAUUCUCUAGGACAUGCUGAUUUCUUCCCUAAUGGUGGGCUUCUCCAAGAGGGUUGUGGAAUUGAUGUUGGUGGUUAUUGCAGUCACAGUCGCUCCCAUGACCUUUAUGCUGAAUCUAUAACAUCAUCAGCUUUUGUCAGCUACCAGUGUGACAGCUACAACAACUAUGAAAAUGGAGCAUGCUCAGGAAACACCAGGGUGUCUAUGGGAGCGCCAUGUCCUUCUAACACACGUGGAAAUUUCUACCUGAAGACUGCUGGAUCAUCUCCCUAUGCUCUUGGUUGAUCUUCACAACUUUAUUAUGUUCAUUAUCACUGUAUCAAAUGGGAAUACUGCUCUGCAGAUAGAGAUUAGUAUUUCAAUAAAACAAUGCAAUACCAG